CAUAAAAUAUCUUGUAUAUUUAUUUAUUUAAAGCUGUUUGUGAAAUAUGUAUUUAUUCAUACUUAUUAAUACUAAGCCCACUUAACUCAGGGAACCUGACAAGCAGUUUAUUUUUAUUUAACCAGCACAGCAGGUAGUUCAGGGAUUUCAUUUAUGACAGGCUGUGAGCAAAGGUUUACCUGAAUGAACUCAUGGACCCGCUGCUCUUUAGAAAUGACAUACAUAAGACCGUGUCAGAGACUAAGGAUUUGAUAGAUUUAACAGUUUAUGUCCUGAGAACCUAGAGCUGGAGGGAAAUGGAGUCCAAUGAGGCCAGUGUUCAGUACAACCGCUGGAACGAAGACAACAUGAACAUACAAGUGCAUUCACAGUCCAGACUGAUUGGUCACUAUAACAGACUGUGCACCGGGCGACUGGGCAUUGUAAUGAAAGCGGCAGCAUCUUUGACCAUGAUGGUAGCUAUAUACAUUGUUGGAUACAUCACAGGAUACUACGUUCACCGAUGCUGAAAAGGACACUAUAUUGAAGGAACUGGCUGUUAUUUGAAACAUUUUGUCCAUCAAAGAAACACCUUGUUUUUUGCUGUUUAUUAUAGUACCAACAUGAAUAAAAUAUGUUUUUAAA